GGGGUUCUGCUUGCUCUGUGUGCCCAGGUAGAGGCGCCUGUCUGUGGGCUGAGAGACAGCUCCAGUCAGGCGUCAGUGUCCUGCUCCUCCAUGGAGGAGGUGAGCAGCCUCGGUCCUGGUCCUCCCUCACCCCAGACCGAAGGGCCGUCGGCGGGCUCGGGCGUGUCUGGCGGCCCCUGGCCCGGCUGGAACUCCACAGGCGGCAGGCGGACGGCAGGAGGAGGAGAGGAGGAGGAGGAGGAGAGGAAGGACAAGCUGACGGAGGUGUGCCCGGCUGUCCUCCACUCCUCCGCCCGUUCUCUCUCUCCGUUCCGCAGGCACAGCUGGGGGCCAGGGAAGAACCCCGCAGCAGAGACAGAGAUGGGCCAGCGCAGUUCUUUGAGAACUCAGUUGGAAGAAAAACCUGUGAAGCCGACCUCUCAUAGGAGAAGUAUGAGUUGGUGUCUGUCCAGCAGCCCUAUCCCUGCCCAGGAACACUUUGACACCAGAAGUUACAGUCUGGAAGGUCUGCCAGCACCGGGGGCUGCUGGAGCCCAGCCCUGCCCCAGCCAGCAGGCUUCAGAGCGGGGAGAGUGUGCAGGGCGUGCACCCCCUCUGGAGGGGGAGGAGAGAGGCUCUCUGGUCUCCCUGACCGAGGAGUCUGACCUGGGAGACGCUGGUAGCCUAGACAGCCAGAGGUCAGUCAGAGUGCUAACCACCAGACACAGCUGCUCCUCCAUGCCCCUUCCCCUCACCAAGUCCAUCUCCAUGGUAACCAUCAGCCACAGGGAGCUGGACGCCAGCAGAAGCCCACGACCCAGGAGACGCAUCUCCUUCUCCUUCAGCAUCUCCCCGCUCCUCCCAAAGCCCAAAACGCUCUUUUCUAUUGGCUCCUCCUCCAGUGACGAGGAGGAGGGUGUGCGAGCGGGGUCGUUCUCCAGCACGUCCGGGUCCAUAGAGUACAGCAUCUCGGAGGAGGACCCCGGCCCACUGAGGACUGAGACAGAGAGCAGAACAGGUACCAAGGUGAGCCGCACCUUCAGCUACCUGAAGAACAAGAUGAGUAAGAAGAACAAGGAGAAGGACAAGGACCGGAGUCGAGAGAAGGAAAAGGAGUCCAAGGACAAGACAGUGAACGGCCAUGUGUUCAGCCUGGCCAUACCACCUCCCGCCACUGGGUGUCAGCACUGCAGCAAAACCAUCAACGCUAAAGAAGCCUUCCUCUGUACCAACUGCAGCGCUCAAGUCCAUAAGGGCUGUAGGGAGAACCUGCCUGUCUGUGCCAAGGUCAAGAUGAAGCAACAGAAACAGCAGUCCAUGCCAGAUACAGCAUCUAUGCCUGGAGUCGCAAUGAGAACAUCCUCGUUGUCACGGGAACGACCCCUGUCUGCCAUCUCACCCCUUGACGACCAAGUGGCAAUGAUGCCCCCCCCUCGCAGGAAUCCCAGCAUCCUCUCCUUCUCCAACCACAACCCUCUCUCCAAGAGCAUCUCCAUCAGUAACAUCGCUGGGCCAGUGGUGGAGGACAUGUCUCUGAGAGGGUUUAAGUACCUGUCCCAGUCCACCGAGGCUCUGCACAAGACCAGCAAGAUCAACGAGUCCACAGAGUCCCUCACAGAUGAAGGGACAGAGAUGAUAGACAGCCAGCUGAUGGGGGAGUUUGAGGCGGAGGUGAGGAGGCUGGAGGGAGACUCGUGGAGCUUCAGCAUGGAGAAGAAGUUUGUCAAACAGCAGAAGAAGGAAGUGGUGAAGAGACAGGACGUCAUCUACGAGCUGCUCCAGACAGAGAUGCACCACGUGCGGACCCUCCGGAUCCUGUCUGAGGUGUACAGUAAGGGGCUCCAGAGGGAGGUGCAGCUGGACAGGGAGACUCUGAGCAGGAUGCUGCCUGUGCUGGAUGAGCUGCUGGAGCUGCACACCUGCUUCUUCACCAGCCUGCUGGAGCGCAAGAGGGCCUCGCUGGUGGACGACAGCAGGGAUGACGGCAGGGACGACAGCUGCUACCUCAUCCGCAGGAUAGGGGACGUCCUUCUGGCGCAGUUCUCAGGCCCGACUGCAGAGCGGAUGAAGAAGGUGUACGGGAAGUUCUGCAGCCGCCACAACGAGGCGGUCAACCUCUACAAGGACCUCCACGCACGGGACAAACGCUUCCAAGCCUUCAUCAAGAAAAAAAUGAGCAGCACAAUUGUCAGGAGACUCGGCAUCCCAGAAUGCAUCUUGUUAGUGACGCAACGAAUCACCAAGUACCCAGUCCUGCUCCAGAGGGUACUGCAGCACACCAAAGAGAGCGAGGAGGACUACGAGGGCGUGAGCCAGGCCCUGAAGCAGGUGAAGGAGGUGAUUGCGGCGGUGGACUGCAGGGUGAACGAGCAGGAAAAGAAGCGGAGGCUGAAGGAGGUGUACGCACGCACAGACAGCAAGUCCAUCAUGAGGAUGAAGAGCGGCCAGAUGUUCGCCAGGGAGGACCUGCUCAGGGGGCGCAGGCUGGUGCAUGAUGGGACGCUGCAGCUCAAGAACUCUGCAGGACGUCUGAAAGAGGUCCAGGCCAUGCUCUUGUCAGAUGUCUUCGUGUUCCUUCAGGAGAAAGACCAGAAGUUUGUUUUUGCUUCUCUGGACCAGCGCUCCACAGUGAUCUCUCUCCAGAAGCUGAUUGUGCGGGAGGUGGCUAAUGAGGAGCGAGGCCUGUUCCUGAUCACGGCGGGGAUCGAGAAGCCAGAGAUGGUGGAGGUGAUGGCCAGUAGCCGGGAGGAGAGGAACACCUGGAGGCAGCUCAUACAGGACGCCAUGCACUGCAUAGAGAAGGAUGAAGACGAGGGUGUUCCCAGUGAGAACGAGGAGGACAGGAGACAGUUGGAGAGUAAGGCCAGGGAGGUCAGAGAAAAAUUGAGAAGGAAGGAUGAGGAGAUUGUGACGCUAUUGGAAGAGAAGAUCCACAUCUUCAGAGACAUGAGCGAGGGCCCGCCCCCUGACGAGCCCAGCCCACCAAUCAGGAGCCGGAUGCUCUUCAGGGCCACUCCUGAUGAUGUCACCAAGGGCGAACCAAUCAUGAAGGACGCCCUGAAGGAAGUGGAGACGCUGCAUAUGCUGGUGAACAGCGGCCUGGGCGGGGCCGUGGUGGCGAGCUCCCAGGAUGCACCUGGGGCCGCCGUGUGUCUGCCGCGCCGGGCUGAGACCUUCGGAGGCUUCGACAGCAAGAACGGAGAUAGAGAAGAGGGCGGUGACUCACCAGACCUUCGCAGGACUGAGUCAGACAGCGUCUUAAAGAAGGGUGGCAACACCAACCUGGUCCUGCUCAAGAGGAACAAUGAGCAGGUUCUCCACAGUGUCACUCAUCUCCAUGACCUGCUCAGCACUCUGCAGGCCGUGGUGGUCCAGCAGGACUCCUACAUCGAGGACCAGCGGCAGACCCUUAGCGAGCGCCCCCACCCCUCGCGCCACUCCUCCUCCUCCUCCUCCCUCUCGUCCUCCUCCUCCUCGCGGCCCUCCUCCCUCAUCGAGCAGGAGAAGCAGCGCAGCCUGGAGCGGCAGAGGCAGGAGGCGGCCCAGCUGCAGAGGCAGCAGGCCGCGCACGUCGAGGAGCGGCGGCGGCGGGAGCGGGAAUGGGAGGCGCGCGAGAAGGAGCUGGUGUCCCGGGAGGAGCAGGUGGCCGGGCAGGAGGAGGAGAGCGCCAGGAGGUGCAAGGAGCUGGAGGAGGAGAGGCAGCAGCUGCAGCGCUGGAAGGAGGAGUACCAGAGAGAUCUGGAGAGGCUGAGGGACGCUCAGAGGAAGCUGGAGAGAGAGAGGGAGGCGCUGAGCAGGGAGGCGCAGAGGGGGCAGCUGCUGAAGAAGGCUGAGGCUGAGCUGCACCAGAAGGCCCAGGUGCCCCCCUCCCAGGUGCCCCCCUCCCAGGUGCCCCCCUCCCAGGUGCCCCCCUCCCGGACCCCCUCCACUACCUCCGAAGACUCCCUCAAGUUCCUCAGCUCCAGUUCCCUGGACGGAGAGAAGGAGGUGGGCAGAGCUGAGCUGUCGUGCUCCGCCCCCAGCGCUGGCCACUCCUUUCUCAGGAUGGGCUCCAAGAGGAAGGGCAAGAACCUCAACCUCUUCUCCUCCUCCUCAUCCUCCUCCCAGGCUGGGGAGCCCCAGCACCAGCUUCCCUCCAGGCUCCUCCAGCUCUCCAAGAAGGACAAGAAAGACAAGAAGAAGAACAAGGGCAAGGGUCCCAAGCUGCAGCUGUCUGACGACCAGCCCAGCGUGACCUUGGAACCUCCUGCUGAUGGAGAAGUCUUCUGCUGACCCCUGACCCCCGACCCCCACGCAGCUGUGGACAGGAACAGGACUGUUGAACACAGGAAGCACUCAAUCACUUCCUGUGACCUUGUCCUUGGUUGCUGUGGCAACGUGCAACACACUCUGACUGUCUGGCUGCUUGUCUGUGACGGUUGGAGGUGUUGACUUUGGGACUGCUGUGGCCUCAGUCGUGUCAGAGCCCCUGAAGUCCUCCACCUGUGGCACAGGACACGCCACAUCCAACCACAUACCCCAGCUAGCAGGGGCUCGAUGUCACGUGUCAACAGGCUGGUCACCAUGGGGAUUCAGGGGCGGAGUGAUCCGGAUAUGUGAUGUGUUCGGAUAUGCUGUAAACACAUGACUGCCCCUGAUUGAGUGGAGCUUUGACAGUGGUUUUCUGUUGUGUCACUAGCAUGAAAUAUAGCAAGGUUAAGACAACAACAUCCACACAACGUGGACAUUCGGACAUGGUUGAGACCAGUGACAAUUCGUCACCCGUAGCAACAGAUUGGAAAGUUAGCUACAAGCUAAUGGUAGCUGUAACUCCUUAAAACGGAGUCCUUGAAGAAUUAACCUCCACGAAAUACGUGAAGUCUCGAGGGGCAAUGAGUCGAUGUGUCUCAUCCUGAUUGAUCCUCGUUGUGCCUUACGUCUACCUUGGUUCUUGUGCCUGUCCCAUCGACCCUGCCUAGCCAGGCUUGACGAGCGGAUACAGAGCAGACGGCCAUCAGAGUCAGACAGGAGUAAUGGAUCCAUGAGUCACCACAGCAGGAUGGAUCUGGGUUGAGGAAGUGGAGUACAGACAAAGCCAAAGAGAAACAGGAGGGAGAAAAGGAGAUUAGAGUGGAGGGAAGGAGAGAGAGAGGAGGGAAGGAGAGAGAGAGGAGGGCGUCUCAGAGAGAGGGACUAGCGAGAGAGGAAAUGCCAUAGAGAGAGGAGGAGAAAGAGCUUGUAUGAAGGAAAGAGAGUCGAGGAUAAGAAAUGACGUCUGGGUCACGACUGGCAGUCCUCUUCCUCAGAUGGAUGUCAUGGACACAGUGUGACCAGAGAAGCCUUCGGAUAGAAACAUUUGUGGUUCUUUAAAUGCUCUCUCUCUCCCUCUCUCUCUCUCCCUCUCCCCCUCUCUCUCUCUCCCUCUCUCUCUCUCUCUCUCCCUCUGAAUCACAAAUCAGUCACAUCCUCUUUUAUUAGUCAGUCACUGCCAAACAUGCUGUGAGAGGGGAUGAGCACUUUAGUUUGAAUCAUAAAGGGAGAGAGAAAUGGUGAGAGAGAAGAGGAGAGAGAGAGAGAGAGAGGGGGAGGGAGGGAGAGGGAGAGAGAGAGAGAGAGAGAGGGAGGGAGAGAGAGAGAGAGAGAGAGAGAGAGAGAGAGAGAGAGAGAGAGAGAGAGAGAGAGAGAGAGAGAGAGAGAGAGGGGGAGAGAGAGAGAGUCGUUCUCCUCCCUGCUUUAAUAUGAGUCACAGUCAACCUGCAUGGAAGCAGAUCAAUAUUAGCAUGUUCUGUAAUUCACUCAGAUAUUCAAAUACGUUUUAUUGUUUUGUACAGAAAUAUUUAAUAAUGAGAUUGUGAAUAGUCUUGUAUGCCUGCGGUAGUCCUCAUGUUGUCACCUUGUUUGAAACUAAAUCGGUUGGUCAGUGAAGAAUGCAAGACUGGCCCUGCUUAGACCAAGACCCAUGCAAUCAAACCAAGAUUCACAGAUGGAAAUGUUGAUUAAUAGCCCUCCCUCCCCCUCGCUUGUGACCUCAGCACCCGGCUGUUAUUGAUGGCUGUGUGAUGGCUGUCGCCUCCUGUGCCUCUAGAAGGGGGGAGUGGGGUUGAUUACCUCCAAAUAUGAAGCCAAAUAUUUCUGCUUGUCAGCAGGUUUGUAAGCAGAGGCAUCCACUAACACGUGGGGCUCGUCAUUCCUCGCAUCUCAUUACAGGUUUUCAUCCUGUGAUGAUUUAUCCUUCAUUCUGGUUUCCACCACCAGAGGGCAGUGUGGUCUUGAUUUCUUUAUUUUUUGUUGAACUUUUUAUUUUUUUAAAUGUUUUUCUCUGAAAGCCAUGCACAAUAGUUUGUGGUCAAGUGACUAAAUAUACUGAUUCAAUCACUUCAUCAAGUCAGUGAGGGUUGCUUGCCUUCUCUGUAACGAAAGCACAGAGAGAUAUAAUUUAUAUUUUAAUUGGUUCGUUUAGUCCUUUAACUUAACAGAUUCCCUAGUUCAGGUGUGAUCACCACACCUGUCCUCUGUACACACUUCUGAGCUUGCUAGCGUUUCAUUGGCUAACACAAAGAUAGGAGAGACUGCCUCCAGUUAAAAUGCACUAGAAUAUAUUAACCAAUGAGCUUUAAGGAGUGGGGUGUGGUUCUGACAGUGAUACCAGUGCUUACAGAUCUGUGUGUGUUUGUACUCAAAAGGUACAGAUGUAUUUUCUUGCUGUUUCUCUGUAAAAAGGGCAAAGCAACAAGUAUGUAAAUAGGAGCCAUGUACAAAAUUGAACUUUUAAAGUUUUGAUUAUAGAUGAUCUUUCUUCUUCUUGGGUUGAUUGAAGCGUUUUCUAACGAGGCUUUAUUUAUGUUUCCACGGCUUUGGAGGCAAAGACAACAUGUACAUCUGUUUGUUUCACCUUAAUAAAUAACUAUUAUUGUGCGUCAA